AUGGAUCAUGUUACAACUAUUACAACAACUCCAGUAGUUUCGCCGACAUCAAGUGUUGUUGCAUCAGGAAAUAUUUUGGCCCAUAGUACAAAAUCAGAUGAUUCAAAAUCAUUAAUAAAUGCAAUUGCAAGUUGUAGCACAAUUCCAGUAAUAACACCAAGUUCGACCAUUUCAAAUAUCAGUUCUACACAAAUUUCUUCUAAUAUAUGUGGUACAAGUAGCAGUUUUUAUUUACCAGAAAACCCAAAAUCAACUUCAAUUAUUUUAUCAUCAACACCAAGUCCGAUUUUAAGUCCUCCAGGAAAAAUUUUUGGAAAAAAUAUUAAUGGGACAGUGACAGCAACAUCAGUACCAAGUAAUGAAGCUGAAUUACAAUUAUAUCGUGUUUUACAACGUGCCAGUUUACUAUCGUAUUACGAUACACUACUGGAAAUGGGAGGAGAUGAUGUUCAACAGCUCUGUGAUGCUGGAGAGGAGGAAUUUUUGGAAAUAAUGGCUCUGGUUGGUAUGGCAUCUAAGCCCCUUCAUGUUAGAAGACUACAAAAAGCUUUACAUGAAUGGACAACGAAUCCAUCUAUAUUUCAAGUUCCGCUAUCAUCUUCAUCAACAGGUAUACCGGAAGUAAACAACUCAUUUAUUUACAACACACCAGAAACUUCAAGUUUGAACAAAAAACUUGUAAUAUCACCAAGUUUUAACUUGACCUCCUUAAUCAAUAAUGCUUCAACAUCAGCAACAUUAAACGUUAGCAGUUGUGGUUUCACUUCAUUAACGGCAACUGGAUUAACAUCACAAGUAACAUCCAGUUCACCACAAUUAACACCAGUUUUAACUGAGUCUCAAAUAUGCAAAAUAGCUCAGAUUGCGGAAAAAAUGUGUCAUCAAAUACCCCAAAAAGAGCCAAAACAGUUGAACUCAAAAAAACGUGCUACGAAGGACUUAGAACAAGUUAUGACAAUGAAUGAAAAUGAUCCAAGAAGAAUGGAGGAGAUUCGAAAAUAUGCAGCAAUAUAUGGAAGAUUUGAUUGUAAACGACGUCCGGAGAAACCUUUAACCUUGCAUGAAGUUUGUGUUAACGAAGCAGCUGCGCAGAUAUGCAAAUAUGUACCGGCUUUGUUAACCCGACGGGAUGAGUUAUUUCCAUUAGCAAGACAACUUGUUAAAGACGCUGGUUUUGGCCACUCUGCCAGCAUUGCCAGAUAUUUAGAACAGCAGCAACAACAAGAGUAUCAACAGAAACUAGACGAUAGCGAUAAAACUUCAAAUAUGAAGAAACCUCGAUUGUCUUCUAUUGAAACGACUGAGGCUAAGAAGGACAUUUUAGAAGAUAAUCGGAUAAACUUGCUAGCAAUGUAUCACAAAUUAACAAAACAACAUCUUGAUUUAGCAGACAUGUCUAAAUUUAGUUUCUUGAAAUCGGAUUGCGAAGAAGAGAUUGAAAAUGAUGACUCCAGAUUAUCUUUUAGCACAUGCAGUUCGCCUUUACAGUUUGAACCUGAAAGUGAAAUUAUUAAUCAGAAUAUUAUGGAAAAUGAUAAAAAUAAAAACGAUGCUUCAAAAUCUCCAAAAAAUUACAAUGAUGACAAAAUUUGUUUAGAUAUAGCAUCAUCUCCUAUAGUAAUAUCAGCAGCUGGAAGCCAUAUAAUAGCUGUUGCCAAUCCAGCUUUAGUUUUAAGUCCAACUUUAAAUGAAGGCAUAAAUGUCAAGAGAGAGUCUAAUACGCCAGAUAUUUACAAUAAUUAAUGUAAUAAAUGUAAAAUCUGAUAGAAGUUUUAAGAUAUAAAAUUUAAACGUUUUUGUUAGUU